AGUUGAUGACGUUCUGACCAAGAUUGGCGUGGUUCCGCUCGGCCUGCGAUCAUUAUUUGCAGGUGCCGAAGUCGGUCCGCAGUUGUAAAUCUCCACCAGACUGUUACGGUUACGAAAUGUAUCUACGCGCGGCUCUACUGAGCCUUCUCUUCCUGAUGGUCUCCGGUCAGAGGAGUAAGUCCCGGAGUGAACGUCCUCAAGGCAGAACCUUGGGACUAUUGACGCCCCUUUUACUGGGAGGUGGUGGACCGCUCUUCGAUGUUCCCCUGCCUGCAGGACCACCCAUCAGACCAGGUGGCGGAUCAUCGUCCGCAGCCGGAGGAGGCACCCAAUCGGACUCGUACUACGGCGGCAGUUAUCCUAGCUACGGAUACAGGCCCAACUACGGAUACGGAUAUCCCAACUAUGGUUAUAACUAUGGAUACCCGGGCUUGGGCUACGGCUAUGGCCAGAACUACUACAGACCCAGCUACUACAACUACGGUGGAUACCAGAGACCGCAGCCCUACUACGGUUACCGGCCUACUUAUAGCUCCAUUGGAGCUGCCGGAUCAGGCGGUUAUCCCUCAUAUAGCAGUUCAUCUGUCAUCUCAAGCUCUCCAACAAAUUCGGCCGUUGGUUCGGCAUCAGGAGCAGGAGCAGUAUCUGGUGGUGGAACCCCACAGCUAUCCACCGCUCAGCAAGCCCAGUUAGCCGGUAUCUUGGGUCAGGCUCUUGGCAGUAGUCUACGCCCUCUUCUCGCCAAUGGGGGCGGGGCAGCCGGAGCAACAGGAGCGGGGGCGAAUCCACAAGCGCUGAGCGGUCUACUCAGUCUACUUGGCUAGGCCAUAAGUAGAUCAGUAUUAAGUAAUAGAUAGAAAUAUUUUUGACAACUUAUCGGUUCGAUAAUCAAACUAUAUGCUAAAAUCUAUCAU